AUGUAUAUCACCAGCCAGGAGCAGGAGCACCAAGAGUGCCUUAAUCAUAAAGGAAGACCCAAAAGAUACUGCUGUGAUGAUUGCGAACAAGUCUUCACCACUUCAUCAAACCUGAAGAUCCAUAAGAAAACUCACACUGGUGAUAAACCAUACUGCUGUGAUCAGUGUGGUGCGGCUUUUACCCGACGAGAUCAUCUAAAGAAUCACCAACGUAUUCACACUGGAGACAAGUCCUACAGGUGUGAUCAGUGUGGAGCGGCUUUUACCGAUAAAAGUGCUCUAAUUCGUCAUCAACGUAUUCACACUGGAGACAAGCCUUACAGGUGUGAUCAGUGUGGCGUGGCUUUUGCCCAGCAAAGUAACCUAACGACUCACCAACGUAUUCACUCUGGAGACAAGCCUUACAGAUGCGAUCAGUGUGGAGCGGCUUUUGCCCGGCAAGGUCAUUUGACGAGUCACCAACGUAUUCACACUGGUGAUAAACCAUACAGCUGUGAUCAGUGUGGAGCGGCUUUUGCCCUGCAAGGUCAUUUGACGAGACAUCAACGUAUUCACACUGGAGACAAGCCUUACAGGUGUGAUCAGUGUGGAGGGACUUUUGCCGAGCAAGGUCAUUUGACGAGACAUCGACGUAUUCACACGGGAAACAAGCCCUACAGGUGUGAUCAGUGUGGAGUGACUUUUGCCCAGCAAGGUACUCUAACGAGACACCAACGUAUUCACACUGGAGACAAGCCUUACAGGUGUGAUCAGUGUGGGGCGGCUUUUGCCGAGCAAGGUACCCUAACGAGACACCAACGUAUUCACACUCGAGACAAGCCUUACAGGUGUGAUCAGUGUGGAGCGGCUUUUGCCGAGCAAGGUCAUUUGACGAGACAUCGACGUAUUCACACUGGAGACAAGCCCUACAGGUGUGAUCAGUGUGGAGCGACUUUUGCCCGGCAAGAUCAUUUGUCGAGUCACCAACGUAUUCACACUGGAGACAAGCCUUACAGAUGUGAUCAGUGUGGAGCGGCUUUUGCCCGGCACGAUCAAUUGACGAAACAUCAACGUAUUCACACUGGAUAAAAAUUGUACAUUUGUGAUCAGUGCUGAUAUCAUUUAUUUUGAGAGUUCAGUUAACAUGCAUCAAGAAAAGAGAAAAGAUAUCAGAAAUAUUUGU